AACCUCUGUUUUUCUCCCCCUCCUUUUUUUUUUUUUCCCCUCCCCAAUUCUUGAUUUUGUUCGUAGCCGCCUCGUCCUCGAUGCCUCUCUGAGCAGCAUCCAGUGAGCGAGCGGGAGAAGGCGAGACUGAGAGGCAAGAGAGAAGAUGAGGAUAACUGGCAGACAGCUGGUCUUGUUGUUUUCUGGCUUUUGGGGACUAGCAAUGGGAGCUUUUCCUAGCAGUGUGCAAAUAGGUGGUCUUUUCAUCAGGAACACGGAUCAGGAAUAUACUGCUUUUCGAUUAGCAAUUUUUCUUCAUAACACCAGCCCCAAUGCAUCUGAAGCACCUUUUAAUUUGGUUCCUCACGUAGACAACAUUGAAACAGCUAAUAGCUUCGCUGUAACAAAUGCCUUUUGCUCCCAGUAUUCUAGAGGAGUUUUUGCCAUUUUUGGACUGUACGAUAAGAGAUCCGUACACACCUUGACCUCAUUCUGCAGCGCCUUGCACAUUUCCCUCAUCACACCGAGUUUCCCCACAGAGGGUGAGAGCCAGUUCGUGCUGCAGCUGCGACCAUCCCUGCGGGGAGCCCUCCUGAGCUUGCUGGAUCAUUACGAGUGGAACCGCUUUGUCUUCCUCUAUGACACAGAUCGAG